UCUAUGAAGCUCUUCUUUAUCAUGCACCUGCUGUUGUCAGAAGAUUAGGGUACAAAUAAAGUUUGUAAAAUUAUAAAGGUGCAGAAAAUCUAUUCAUGACCAACAUGAAUAAUACAUGUGUGCAUGAGUAUUAUCUUUAGGGUGUUGUUUUUAAUAACAGCUACAUCCCUGCAACGUCUCCUAGUGAGGGUUUACGCUCCGUUUCCAUGGCAACCGAGCAGCGCGAAAGUUCCUGCGUCUGGAGCUCGGGGGUCGCCAGGUCUGUCUCGGGAGUUGCGGUUACACUAGGACAGACCUUCAUUCUGCUCACAGGAAAAGUUCUGCGGACUACAGCAGACAGGUACACUUCCACAGUUGCCGUGGUGACCGUCAACAGCAGCGGCACUUGACCUGAACUUUCAGCCCUGGUUCAGAGUCACAUGAUGUCAGAGGAGAACCCGCUGUUUCCUGCUGAUCUGGAGGCGCAGUUGAGUCUUUCACCUUCGAGCGUUAACGUGGAGCAGUCUGUUCCAGGUGGAGGCCGGUGUGAAACUCAGGAGAGAGGGGCGGAGACUCUCUCAGAGCAUCAGCCUCAGCCAGCGUCCCUACGGACAUCUUCAAACGGGGCGUUCUGUGACUCUGCCAGCUGUCAGGUGGAAGGUCACUCCCAGCUGGACUCCACUGAUGCUGCAGAAUACUCCUCAGCCGUAGAGUUUGAGAGGAAGAGUCUCGUCGUGGUCAGUCAAAGUUCUCAACCUGCUUCCUACCCCCUCCCUCCUGUAGACCCAGCCCAGAUCGACAUCCAUGCAUCAACUCCAUCCUAUGAGAUCCACCUGGACCAGGAACCUGCAGAUGAAGAUAAGGAGGAAGAGGAGGAAGCAGAUAUGAGGGAAACCAUGUUUGAGCUGCUGGGAGAGAAGUGGGACUCCGCCAUGGGCCUCCUGCCCCCCAUCCCGGGGCUGGGUCAGAAGGACAGCUACGAGUGGUGUUUUCUAGGGUCCUCUGAGUCCGACCGGGGUCAGAGCAGCUCUGAGCUGAUCCCCCUGUCCAUCUCAGAGCUGCACACGGAGGCGUAUCCGUACUACGGUGUGCUGGACUGGGACGCCAGCUACACUCAGAGUGAUGCUGAGCUGGACUCCAGCUCCCACCACGGCGCUGAGCCGACCCACAUCACCAACGUCCCUGAUGUGCAGCAUCAGGAGCCCCAGCAGCCGCCCCCCCUCAGUCCCACCGUUCACCAUGAAUUCCAGCCCAGGUUUGGGUUGGGCGUUAACCCGGCUGGAGCUAAGACUGCAGAGGAGCUUCAGAACCGACCGGACCCGCCUGUGCCCCAUGUCACUCUGGGAGCGGUCAGAGAGGAGCUGGGCAGAGUCUUGGAAACCUUUCUGAGCAGGGAGAACCUCAGCAAUGACCUGUACCUCCACUCUCAGAUGGACAGUAACCAGUACAUUCCCAUCUCCUCCCUGAUGUGUGUGGACCAGAUCAGAAGCCUCACUACAGACCAGAACCUCAUCUCAGAUGUUCUGAAAUCUGUGCCGCAGGUCCAGGUAGCGCCGUGCGGGCAGAAGUUUCGGCCCCGGCAGAGCCGCUGUGUUCUGAUUCUCCGGGAGGUCCCUGACUCCACAUCUCCAGAGGAGGUGGAGGCUCUGUUCAGAGGAGAAACUCUGCCAGAGUUUGUAAGCUGUGAGUCUGUGAGCAACAACCACUGGUUCAUCACCUUCACAUGUGAGGCCGACACGGAGCAGGUCUACAAUUACCUCCGACAGGAAGUGCAGGUGUUCAAGGGAAAGCCCAUCCUGGCCAGGAUAAAGACCAGCAUGGGUCCAGUCGAUAGUUACAAACCCGUCCAGCUGGAGCAGAGGAGCAAACGCCCCGCCCCCUUUAACCAAUCUGGAGCAUCCCAGGAGACGAGGAUUUCAGUGGAGCCGUACGGUUCCAUCGCUGAAGGCUUCUGCUGCUGUGACAGCCAGAAGCAGCUCGAGUCGUUGAAGGAUGGCUUCAUGAGGGAGGCGGCAGCAGCUUCCAGAGACAAACCGCACAGCCUGCUCACCAGGACAGCCACUUCUGCAGGUUUUGGACGUCACAGCGGCAUCUCCAAGCGCGAUGAAGGUUUCAUUAAACCGACCCAAAACCAGGCAGGAGACGGCCAACACCAAUGGAACAGGAAGUGGAGGGGAGGGAGCAGCGGCUCGGCAACACCUUACAGUAAACGGCACAUGCUCCCCGGCCAGAGAAGAAAGAAGUGGCGGUAUUUGGAAGAGUCUUCACGGUGCAGUGAACCAUGUCUUCCUGAGUUCAACCUGAGCAGCUUCCCUCCACUCUCUGUAAAGAUGGUUACCAUGACGACACCUGCAGCUAAGAGUAAGAUGCAGGAACCAGAGGCUCCUCCCCCCCUGAGCUGUGCGCAGACAGAAGAUGCUCUGCAGAGUGUAAAGGAGAACGCAGAGACGAUCGGAGAAGCCAAGCCGCCGCAGCUCCCACAGGAAACAGUCACGUGUGAUCUGAAGGUGGCUGAGAAACCGAGCUACGCCCAGGUCAUCCAGAGGUCAUCCAGGCCUGGCUGCUGCGUCUCGCCAACCGCUUCCCCUCAAAGAAGAGAUGGAAGUAUUACAGAAGAACCCGUCUUCACAGGGGAGAGAUGAAAGCUGCUGGAUGGAGAGGACGAUGGAGGCAGAUCUGCACCUGAACUUGAUGUUUCUUUUCACAAGACGACGCAUUGAUUCACUUUGGUUGUGCCAGCGUCCAAAUGAGACGUCCUGUCUGGAUUGAUUUAUUUCUUGUUCAGUUUGAGACGCUGCUCUGAGGCUUCUUAUUUGGAUUUAUUUCUUGUUUUUUCCACUGUUCCUAAGCUGGCAGGAAAACUGCUUUACAGACUUGAUCUUUAGUGAUUACUCUGCACGGAGGAUUAUUUCUUGUUGUCUUAGUUUUCUUUCUUGAAUAAUUUAAUAGUUUUUAAUCCAUGUUAAAAGUGGUGUUUAACUGGUCGUUUGAAUGGUGACAGUCAUGUUUCUGUCCAGUUGAUUUUAGCUCCCUCAGGGUUCCAUAAACAGACUCAGUUUGAACACAAACUUCCAAAAUGUUUCUCAAAACAUCAUUUCAUGUUAAGUAGUUUUGUUUGACUUGUGUUUAAAAUAUGAAGAUGUUGAGUUGUUCAUUUGCAAAGAUGUAAAUAUUUUGAACAAAAUGCCAAAGAAGUAGCGUUUGAAGAUCCAAACUGUCUGUGUUUGUCAUUUAAAUAAACCUUUUUGCACAGUUGUA